AAGUGAGGGUCGCUGUGACCGGAAGUGGCCUGCCCUGAGGCGGAAGUGGCGUCCCGUGAGGCGGAAGUGGCUCUGCGGGCCGCCAUGGGGGAGAAGAAGGCCUCAGGGCGGGUGCCGGAGGCGGCCCAACGCCGCGUCCUGGAUCGGGCGACGCGGCAGCGGCGGCUGAACCGGCAGCUGGAGGCGCUGGAGAACGAUAACUUCGGCGACGACCCGCAGGCGGGGCUGCCCCGGCCCGGGAAGCGCCUGCCCCACUUCGCCGACACGGCCGAGACCGGGAAGAAGAAGAAGAAGACGCGGGGGGAUCACUUCAAGCUGCGCUUCCGCAAGAACUUCCAGGCGCUGCUGGAGGAGCAGAACCUGAGCGCGGCCGAGGGUCCCACCUACGUGUCGGCGUGCGCCGGCCGCGCCCGCUACUGUUCCAGCCGCUGCCUCGGCACCCACCACGACACCCGGUGCCUGAAGUGGACGGUGUGACGGGGACGGCGCUGUCACCCCUCGGGACGAUAACGGGACCCCCCCCGGUGUGACCCCCCCAACCCCCCCCCCCCGCCAUCCCCCGAGGGGGGUGUGGCCCCCUGCAGGGGCGGGAACAAGAUGGCCGACUCCGAGAGCCCCUUUUUUUGAGCAAAGAC